AACCUUUUAAUGUUUCUUCAUAGGAUGAUUUUACAACCACAUUGUCUACAGAAACAUUCUUACGAUUGACAUUUGGUAUGCAUAAAGCAUGUGAUUUUUCACACUGACUUCCACAUUGUUUACAGUAGCUGGAAUUUCAAGAAAUUCCCAUCAAGAAAAGAAAUAAGCAUGAAAUAUUUAAAAUUGUAUCAUUGCAUUGUCAAGUAUAUUUCUGACAAGAGAGAACUUCAAUUUUCAUCAGGCAUCAAUGAGACUUGAAUCUUCCACUUACAGUUUUACACAUCUAAUAACAGGAAGAAUUUUCUACAGACUGGCUUCUGGUUCCAUAUUUUUCACACUUACUUUUCCUCCCCUGCCCAAAUACUUUUGGUGCCAGCACUGGAAGACACAUUCUUAUCAGGAUAGCAGUGCUUCUGUUCCUGCAUCUUCACACCAUGAGCAAGGUGAAUGAACACAGCAACAGCAGAAUGGCUAGCAAGGAUUUAUGUGUUCCCAAGGGUGACUGCGAACCACAUAAAUCUAUGCUGUUAAACUGAGUCUAUCCCAACUCAGAGUUUCCUUAGUCUCAUUGCAAAAGAGGCUGCCAUUCCACACUACUCGACAGGAGGUGAGUGACAGAGGGAGUAAGAGGAAAGAGAAACAGAGGUCCUCUCCAAUUGCCGCUGAAAUAUCUUGCUUUCACAGAUUUUACCCCCAAAUAUACAGCUCUGUAAACACGUUCCUCAGGCCCAGACAGGUGCCCUGACACUUAAGCUUCAGGAAAUCUAUUCUGGCUAUGAGUAGGCUUAAAGUAAAACUCCUUACUUGUAGGUAAGCUGCAUGACUCUCUCUUCACUGUCAUCAGGAGGAAUAGGAAUGCCACUGGGGCUGGGAAAUUAACUGAAGUCAAGAGAUAAUGGUACGCUCCCACAGUGGUGGGAAUCAAUAAAGCAAAAGAGAUGCAAGCAAGAGAAGAGGAGAGAGAGAUGUGGUUAAAAUGUGCGCAGACAGGACCUAAUAAGGUGGAGUCUGGUAUACAGGUGGGCGGAGUCCAAUGAUGGAGGUGUGACUAACAGUUGAGGGUGGGGCUAAAGACUAGGGUGGCCUAAAUAAUAGAUAAGUGGACCCUAAGGACCAAGGCCAUGGACACGCAAAAUGUGAGUAAGGCCCUUGCAGGAGGGACUAGCCUGAUGGGUAAUGAACAGUGUCUAAAGUUAGAGAAGACAGCCAUAAAGAUUCAGUCAUGGUGGCGUGGCAACAUGGUGCGCCGGACGUUACUGCAUGCAGCACUCAGAGCCUGGGUCAUCCAGUGCUGGUGGAGGUCAAUGCAGGCCAAGAUGUUGGAGCAAAGACGGCGCUUGGCACUAAGACUCUAUACCUGCCAGGAGUGGGCAGUGGUGAAGGUGCAGGCACAGGUUCGAAUGUGGCAGGCCCGCAGGCGGUUCCUCCAGGCACGCCAAGCAGCCUGCAUCAUCCAGUCUCACUGGCGUUGGCAUGCCAGCCAAACCCGAGGCUUGAUCCGGGGCCACUAUGAGGUCAGAGCCAGCCGGCUGGAGCUUGACAUCGAAAUCCUCAUGACCUAGGGCGCUGACAGAGCCAAGGAGGCUGGAUCUCUCUUCCAAUAAAGACCUUUACUGACCACACA